AUGUCCAAAGACGAUUAUAUGCUAGAAGAUAUCUCAUGGGACGAGAUCGACAAGCUAAAAUAUUACAUCGUGGGCCCAACCAUGCUUUUGGCCGUGCGUGCGGCCGUGUAUCCUUCUAACUUGGUCAAAACGCGGCUGCAGGUGCAGUCCAAACAUAAACCACUCUACUUAGGAACGGCCAACGCCUUUGCCACUAUCUUUCGACAGGAAGGUGCUCGUGGACUCUACAAAGGAUUCAGUGCCAGCACAGUUAAUGUGCUGACAGGAAAUCUUUACAUUUCAGUGUAUGAAAAGACACGUCAACUUUUCAAGACUCGUACGACGGUGGGCGAAAAGGGCGCUAAUUUUGUGGGUGGAGCUGUUGCAUCGCUCGCAUCACAAACAAUUGUGGUUCCACUUGACAUUGUGUCGCAACGAAUGAUGCUUACUGGUCAAGGAAACGAUGUACGCAAGACGAGGGAGCACACCAAAAGUUUUUUUGGUGUUACGAAGCAGGUGUUUCGUACCGAAGGCAUUCGAGGUUUUUAUAGAGGGUACAUUCCAUCCAUUGCAACGUAUGCACCAUCGUCUUCGAUCUGGUGGGGGUCUUACGGACUGCUCGUUCCUGUGUACUUUAAUUUGUUGCAGACGUGGCCAUCCGAUCCGUUUUGGAAACAAGUUGUAGCGCAGGGGCUGAGUGGUGCCAGCGCUGGAAUAAUUACUGGCAUUUUAACCAACCCUUUGGAUAUUGUAAGGACAAAAGUACAGGUUUUUACGCAGUACGGCGCUAUUGAUACUUUGAAGUAUAUUAUAAACACGGAUGGACCGAAGGGGCUCAUGACAGGCCUCUCCGCGCGAUUACUGGCAAUGGGCCCAUCAGGUAUACUUAUGGUGACGUCGUAUGAAUUUGUCAAGCGUGUGUGUCGGAAACCAUUAGACUCGAAAGAGUAG